UUUUGACGUAAUGGUGAAAACAAAUCCUAGCGAAAUGCUAGGAUUGCCAGUCCUGGCUUUGAAAAGGCCCCAUCACGAAGUAGAAUUGUUUGAUUUUGCUUUCCAGAAUGACUGUGCAUUGGUUAUCUCAAAGAGGACGUCCAGGGACUUUCUCUGUUACGAAUUAGUGAACGAGUUUUUGCAAAAUGAAAGUGGAAAAUGGACAGUGGUUGUAUACGAUGAUAAUUCAGGUUUGGAUGUGAAGCCAUUGCUCAAAAUAUUCAGGAAUUUGAUGCCACAAAAACCAGUACUUUCUCUCAAUAAAGCAUCAAGAUUAUCCCAGGAGACAAACUAUGGCAUCUUGCUUACCUCAGCAAAUCACUUUGAGGAUCACCUAUCAAGUGGCUAUGUUUGUGCAAAUGAAAUAUCUGUGAUCAUACUUCUUACCACCUUACAAGCUGCUACAGCAAUCCAAACUAAACCUAAAUUUUUGGAAAUGCUUUGCAACGAGCAUGCAAAACCAAGGAUAAUUGCAAUGGUACAGUUAGAUCUAUGUGAAAUCUACAAUGCAUUAGACCUGAGAACUGAACUGGAAUAUUUCGAGAGCACAUAUGAUCUGCAAAUUUUUAUCUCCAACGAUCUUUUAGCAAUGAAUGCUUUUGGUGAGGAAAUUUCAGUUGAAAUGAUUCCAUUCAGUCCCAAGAAUCUAAACAAAAUAGAAAUAAAGGUCUGGAGAAUUUUAAAGGAUAUUUCAAACUUUUUACAAGAUGUAAAUGUUCCAGUGGUCUCUAAAUCUGUUGAAACUGUGAGAUCUAUUGUCUCGUGGGCAGUCAAAAUUUUGACAAUGUUUGGUCUGUGGAGCCUGUCAUUUACCCUAGAAACCAUCCAAAAUACUUUAUCAAAGCUAUUGAGUAAAGAGAAUGACCAGCUUGUGGUAUUAGCCAUUGAAAUGUGUAAAAGAAGCUUUGAUAAUGUUCAGAAGUUUAAUCUUGAUCAAUCUGGACUUAAACCAGCACAUUCAAGGUUAAUGUAUGAAAUUCUCGACCAGCUCAUACCAUAUAAAGUGCUUUGUAAAUUACCUGCUAUUAUUGAAAAUGAAAGUGAUCUAGGUUUAUCUGGUGAACAGAAACCCAGUGCAUCAGAUAUUGAGAUUGAGAAAUGGCAGACGUUCACAGAAGAUUGUGAAGGAGAAGGCAAUUCUUCAGGUAAAGUUGUUGACAACAAAUGUCAUCCAGCUGAAGAGAAAGAUACGAAUUUUCAGCACAAAGGUGCAACGAUUGAUAACAGCUUUUCAAGUCAUCCCGAAGUUGUGAAGAAACAACUGCAAAAAUUGAAAACGAAAUCUCAAUUUCACUGCAUAAUCGUGACCAAGUCAAAUUCUCACGCGCGGAUGUUAAGUAAACUUAUCAACUAUAUGUCGUGUUCCAAUCAAAAGUACGGCUUCCUCAAGUCCGGUUGCGUGAUUCACUCGAAGAACGGCAAUCCUGAUGAAGAGGAACGGACGGAGAGUGUUUUACAAGCUGUGCUUCAGGGAAUGGUCAAUAUCCUUGUGACCACAUUAGAACUAUGUGCGGAUCUGAGUCUGACCACAUUCAAUGUACUGAUAUACUUUGGUGUACCUGGCAGCUACGAAGAAUUUUACAACAUUAAACACAAGAUAAAGGGUUUAGCACCGAAAUUGAUGUUGGUUUUUGAUGAUGAUAAAUCCAACAAAUGUGAACGGAAUUUAAAGGUAUUCACUGAUAUCGAAGCGGAGUUUGCCAAAAGUGUAUCUGACUACACUCUCCAAGUGAAAAAACAAGAAAUAUUAACGCGUCUUUCCGAAGAACAACAAUGCAUUUACGCACCGUACGGAGACAAUGGUCCUUCGGUUUCUAUGGAGUCCAGUGUCCAUUUAGUUAACCGAUACAGUCGUCGUAUCAGCAGAGGAGAUUUCUGCAAUCUCUACGCCAAGUUUAAGACUGAGAAGAAACAUUUGAAGCAAAACGUUGUCGAAUUUCUCACAAAGCUUUACCUUCCAUUGGGCAGCUGUUGUAACAUUGUUGAGGGAUCCCCAGUUCGUGUAACGGGCGGCGAUGACCUGGAUACGGAGGCUGGAGUGAUAAAAUCUCGAAUGCUGGCCUCCCUGGAAUUCGUCAAGAUCUUGCAUGCGAAUGGUAAAAUGGACAACGAUCUUGACUUGAUCGAAGAAGUGUACGUUGAUGCUAAUGAUGGGAACGAACAGAACUUUGAACUGGAGGACGAAGGCAAGGGGAGAGCUGGGACCAAUAAACGAAAGAGAGCAUACGGAAUUAAGGUGCCAUCGUUUUUUGAAGACAACAUGCCUCGCGCAAACGAGCCAUGCUUUUUAUACAAGAUCGAGUUUCAAGAUCCUACGAUCUACAAACACUCCAGAUCUGGGUCGCUGCAGAGUUUAUCGGAGCCUGAGUUCGAGUUAGGGAUUCUUUCCAGGAAACCGCUGCCAAAGAUUCUGCCCUUCUUUGUUCACACUUGCAAAAGCGACGUAAAAGUGUCACUCGAGGUGAGCGGACCAGUAGCGAUUGAUGAGAUGACAUUGAUCUGCGCACGAUUGUUUCAUCACUACGUUUUUAAAGAGCUACACAAAAUGGACCAUCAGACGACCACGUUGUCUGAAAACGAUGGGUACCUUGCUGUUCCUCUGCUAUCAAAGAAAACGAGACCAUUCAAUACACACCCAUCAUUCACACAAUCACGAGUAACUCCAUCAGAAACACCUCAAUCGCCACAAACCACGGCGAUAUCUUGUCGUGAUGGCUUCGAGAUUCAUCACAAAUUUCUCAAAGAGUUUUCGAGCUUCUUUGAAAGCGUUUCCGAUCCUAACGUGAUCCUAAAGUCCUCUCCACCAUACAAGGAUUUCGGGUUUUUUCAAAACAAAAUCGUGCGACGGCUGAACGAAUCGGCAACCCAGGCUCACUACACGCGAUAUUUCGUGGUGAAAGUAUGCGAUGAUUUGUCUCCCUCUUCACCAUUUCCCGAUGAAGAAGUGGCCGCAUCGUUUGCAGAAUAUUAUGACAACCGUUACGGCAUUCAAGUUUGUCUUGAGCAGCCAUUGCUGUUGGUCCAGCAUCUUCCAACUCAAGUGAACUUUAUUUUGCCACGUCUCAGACAUUCCGAGGACACCGAAGUUAUCCCCAAGGUUACCAAGAGAGAGAUCCAUUUGAUUCCCGAGUUGUGUUCCAUCUUACCCCUGUCCGCAUCCGCGUGGUCCCUCGCUCGCUUUUUUCCCGCGGUUGUGUGCAGGCUCGAAACUUUGCUACGGGCGCACGAAAUGAAGAUGAAGAUUUUGUCGGGGACUGGGAUUAGGGCCAAUGCGAGAUCUUGGAACGAGGAAGGAAAUUGGGAUAAUGGAAAAUUGCUCGGUUGUGGUAACGCUGUGGAGAAGAGUCUUGUUGGUGAUGGUAACUGUGAUGGUCAUGACAUUGUUGGUAUUGAUGACGAUGGUGAACUUAAUGGUGGUGCCAGUUUUGGUCCGAGCAUAUCUUCGGUACUCCACGCCCUCACUGCGAAAUCAGCCGGUCAGCAGUAUCAUUCGGAACGACUUGAGAUACUUGGUGAUUCUUGCUUGAAACUGGAAGUGAGUUUAGAUCUAUUCCUAACUGACCCGGAGAAGGAUGAGUGGACGUUGUCGGUUUAUCGGAAGCAGCUUGUUUCGAACGAUAUGUUAUCCACUCAGGGGCGUCGUCUAGGAAUGUCUGGUUACAUAUCGAUCACUCCCCCAGACUUAACCAACACAUCGCUCCCCCCUGGCUUCAACCUCAGGCCAGCCAACGAAACAAAGCGAUCGAAGAAAGAAUCGUUAAAUCUGUACAACCACCAGGUUCUGGGAGAUAAGCACGUGGCGAACUGCGUGGAAGCCCUGAUCGCAGCAACUUUGCUUGGCUGUGGUCGAAAUGCCGCACGGCAGUUUAUGAUUUGGCUGGGCGUCACACGAUGCACCUUCUCUGAACUGGAUGUAUUGUAUCGAGGUCUGCUGGUCCAGACAACCGAAAGAGAUCAGGUUCAUGCACGUAACUUGCAAGAGAACUUGAAUUGUGCUGACCAGGUUAAAUUUGAUAGGAAACUUUACCAAAAUUUACCAAAUUACAAUCGCAAAGGUACAGAUGUUAGAGCAAGAAAAGAACACGAGAUAUUAGCUGAUGCACGUUUAAACGAUGAAUGUAACGGCCUCUUCGAAGAGACUCCUCUUACCUCCGCUGGUCUUGGUAAAGCAAAAGACGGUCACGGAAACUUAUUGAAGAAUUCAGACACGCACCUGAAGAACGACACUCCAAGAAGACCGAUGCCAAAUUUCGACCAUAUUGAAAAGGAACUCGGGUAUUGUUUUAAAAACAAGCUUCUUCUUUUACAAACGCUAACACACAACACUUACCCGAGAUCCUUGUCGCUCGUCUCGGAGACCUACCAAAAGAUGGAGUUUUUGGGCGAUGCUAUCCUCGACUACGUUAUAACCCUGUAUCUUUACGAACAUUUUCCCCAUCUCACUCAUGGCGAUGUCACAGAUUUCCGUUCUGCCCUCGUCAAUAAUUUCACUCUGGCUUUUCUUGCCGUGCAGAAAAACUUGCAUCAAUCCCUAAGGUAUAUGUCGCCGGCGUUGCUCGAUAUGAUUGCUCAGUUUGUUGAAUUCCUGGAAAAACAGAAACUAAAACAAGGUGCUUCAUGGAAGACAUCAAUCGAUGCAUUCGUGGUCAGCAUGCCAGAGGUGGAAGAAAGUGUAGUGGAAGUUCCCAAGAUUUUAGGGGAUGUUUUUGAAGCUGUCGUUUGCGCGGUGUUCUUGGAUUCUGGGAUGAAUCUGGAGCUCGUAUGGAGGGUUUUUUAUCCGAUGUUUAUGCCUUUCAUAGAUUAUUACAAGAAUAACAUACCUCGGUCACCCAUAAGAGACUUGAAGGAGAGUUUUCCUGAAAGCCAUGAAGUGGUCUUCAGUUUGGCUCGUUUGACGCUGUCAAGAAAGUACAAAAGCAGCGUCGAUGUUGUUGGUUAUGGCAAGUUCGAGGCCGUUGGUCGUACACCGAAAAUUGCGAAAACAAGCGUCGCGAGGAAGGCGUUGGAACACAUACGUAAUGUGAAAACGGGUAAGAUUUACUAGAAGCAUGAAAUGCACAAAACACGUGGGACAUGAUUUUGAUUGACAUUGCUACCCACUAAUGCUACCACAGUUUAGGUAGGCUACCAUUUGAUAUGAAUAUUAUUUUAACGACAACACAGACUUUUUAAUGUAAUUAUAUACACAAUGUUUAUUGUUCAUUCAUUUUACACUAUUGUAAGUAUUGAGUAUUGUACAGACAACAAAAACGAUUCGACAG